CGAUAAGCGAGCGAGCGUGGGAUUUGACGGCGGGGUCUCCCUCUUAGCAGCGCGUGUAUAAAGUCCCUUCUUUCCCAUCGCUCAUUCCUCUUUCUUCAUUCGCUCCCCAACACACACACUCUCAAUCGACUUUUUUUCUUUUCAUUUUUGUCAUUCACUCUACAAAGAACCUUAUAUCAUGUCCUCUGCUACUGCCGCUUCCAAGAAGGGUGACGAAAAGCACCUUUACACCGUCGUGGUCCUUGGUGCUUCUGGUGAUCUUGCCAAGAAGAAGACCUUCCCAGCGCUUUUCGGUCUCUACAAGAACAAGUACCUCGACCAAAACACACACAUCAUCGGCUAUGCUCGCACCAAGAUGGAUCGUUCCACUUUCGAGGAACACGUCUCCAUGAACAUCAAGCUGAAGACCGACGAGGACAAGGCUGCACACAAAAAGUUCCUGAAGCUGUGCUCGUACCAGUCUGGCCAGUAUGAUCAGGAUAGCGAUUUCAAAAGGCUUGAGGACGCCAUCCGCGAGGUCGAAAAGGCAUCAGGUGCGACCGCAAGACUGUUCUACAUGGCCUUGCCUCCUUCGGUCUUUAUCUCUGUUGCGAAGGGUCUGAAGAAGAACAAUUACACCGAAGAUUCUCUUGUCCGUCUUAUUGUCGAGAAGCCCUUUGGUAUGGACUUGGAUAGUUCGCGCGAACUGGCCAAGGACCUCGGUAGUCUCUUCAGUGAGGACGAAAUCUACCGUAUCGACCAUUAUCUCGGCAAGGAAAUGGUCAAGAACCUGAUGAUCCUGCGUUUCGCAAACGUCAUCUUUGGUUCCGUUUGGAAUCGUCACACCAUCGACAACGUCCAGAUCACCUUCAAGGAAAAGCUCGGCACUGAAGGCCGCGGCGGCUACUUUGAUGAGUUUGGCAUCAUCCGCGAUGUCAUGCAGAACCAUAUGCUUCAGAUCUUGACCUUGGUUGCGAUGGAACCCCCGGUUUCGCUCGGUGCUGAGGAUGUCCGUGAUGAGAAGGUCAAGGUACUGCGCUUCAUCCCUCCAAUUGUCAAGGAUGAUAUCCUGUUGGGCCAGUAUGGCAAGUCAGAGGAUGGCAAGGAGCCUGGGUACCUCGAUGACAAGACCGUUCCCAAAGACAGCAAGACCCCGACCUACGCUGCCGCCACACUCUUUAUCGAGAACGAGCGCUGGUCCGGUGUUCCCUUUGUCAUGAAGUGUGGCAAGGCCCUCGACCAGCAAAAGACCGAGAUCCGCAUUCAGUUCAAAGAUGUGGCCGGACACCUGUUCACCACUCUGUCACGCAACGAGAUCGUCAUCCGCGUCCAGCCCGACGAGGCAGUCUACGUCAAGAUGAUGAACAAGGAGCCUGGCCUAGGCACAAAGACCAUCAUCUCAGACCUAGAUCUGUCGUACUCGAGCCGCUUCAGCGACUCGGUGAUCCCCGAGGCGUACGAGUCCCUGAUCCUGGAUGUUUUGAACGGCGACCACUCCAACUUUGUGCGCGACGACGAAUUGGACGCGGCAUGGAAGAUUUUCACGCCCAUCUUGAAGCAGAUCGACAACGGCGAGAUCGACCCCAUUCCCUACGCGCACAGCAGCCGUGGACCCAAGGGAGUGACCGAAUUUGUGGCCAAGUACGGCUACACGCGUGAAAGACAGGAGUACGUUUGGCCACAACACUCUGAGGCCGGAUCGGCCGCUGGCAAGGACCAAAAAUAAUUUUCAUACAGCGCGAUGAACAGCGCGAGCAUAAUUCUGUGAAGCAAAUAAACGAUUGUACAUUCAUGCCUUCCUUUUG